AUGUUUUCCUCGGCAAAAGCGAUACGCCCGGCCGCUCUGCGCCAGAGCGUUCUCGGAGCGGCGAGGGUCCAAUGUCGAUACAACUCGAUGCCCUCAAAGGGAAAGAUCCUGCGAGAGAUGCAGAAGGCGGCUUACAAGGAUACCAAGAAGACGGAUACUCAAUCGAUGUCGGCGAUCCAGAAGAAGGCCAACGAUGAGUACUUCAAGGGUGGUGGUGGCCCUCUAUUUCCUGGCACAUUUGUCUCUCUCCCAUUCUCACGAUACCCCUCCGGCGUCAACAACCUAUUCAACUACUCAUGGUACCGACUCCGACAAUUUGGAUUCGAAUACUUCUCUCUCCUCCAAAUGAAGCUCAAGUCUAUGCCCGACUGGACAACAAGGCCCAAGUGGAAGAUCGCCCGAAGCAAGAUUGCGCCUACAGCGAAGAACAUGUACAUAGAGAUGCUCGGGGCUUUUGCUGCCGGUGACAAGGCUGCUGUCAACGAGUUAUGUCUGGGCCAGUUCGGAAAGAAGCUCAUGGCCGCUAUCGAUCGUCGAAACCCCGCUGAGCGUGUCACAUUUGAGUUGGUUAAGCUCAAUUCGACAUGGGCGUACCCUCGUGUGAUGGCACACCAGGUCCACAACGUGAAUCCUCACGACAAGGAGCACAGCACAGAGCAGGCCGUUGUUGCGAUUGCCUCCACACAAAAGGUCGCGAAAUACAAGAAGGCCACCGGCGAGCUCAUCCCCGGAAGCACAAAGGUGCAGGACAAGAUCGAAUACGUGGUGGUCUCACGACAAGUCAGCGAGAAGACAUUCCAAGCUGGUCAAUGGCGCAUAUGGGGAACUAUUUCUCCAACAACUCUAGAGGCAUUCCAGGAGGAGCAGGAUUGGAUCACCAGGGAGCAGGCCAAGCGAGCUGGAUGGGAAGGGCCUCUGAAAUAA